AUGCCGCUCUUCAUUCUCACGGAAACCAGCGCCGGCUAUGCCUUGUUCAAGGCUGCCGACAAGAAGCUGCUCGACUCGGACAAUGUGUCGGAGAGGCUCUCUACCCUUGACAAGAUCAUCAAGGAGAUCAAGUACAAGGAGUUUGCCAAGUUCGACAGUGCGGCUAUUGCGGUCGAGGAAGCCAGUGGCAUUCUUGAGGGCAAGGUUACCCCUAAGUUGGCUAGCCUGCUGAAUGAGCUCAAGGAUGAGAAGAAGGUCACUCUCGCCGUGCAUGACACAAAGCUGAGCAACUCGAUCACUAAGCUCCCCGGCAUCAACAUCAAGCCUAUUUCGGGCUCGAUGACUGAUGACCUCUUCCGUGCCAUCCGUCAGCAUCUGUACAACCUGAUCCCGGGUAUGGAGCCGUCCAACUUUGACGAGAUGAAUCUUGGUCUGGCGCACUCGCUCUCCCGCCACAAGCUUAAGUUCUCUCCCGAGAAGGUGGAUGUCAUGAUUGUACACGCUGUGGCCCUGCUGGAUGAGCUCGACAAGGAGCUCAACGUCAUGGCCAUGCGCGUCAAGGAGUGGUACGGCUGGCACUUCCCCGAACUGGGCAAGAUCCUUCCAGACAACCUGUCGUAUGCGCGCGUUGUUCUCGCUUUGGGCCUGCGCACCAACGCUCCCAACGCUGAUCUUUCCGAGAUUCUUCCUCCCGAGAUCGAGGCCGCUGUCAAAGCGGCUGCCGACAUCAGUAUGGGCACUGAGAUUUCCACUGAGGACUAUGAGAACAUCAAGCUUCUCGCUGUCCAAGUCGUCGAGAGGUCCGAGUACAGGCGCCAGCUGGCUGAAUACUUGCAGAACCGCAUGAAAGCCAUCUCUCCAAACAUGACUGAGCUUAUCGGCGCCCUUGUUGGUGCCCGCCUUAUUGCUCAUUCUGGUUCCCUUGUCAACCUCGCCAAGAACCCCGGUUCAACUAUCCAGAUCCUCGGUGCUGAGAAGGCCCUCUUCCGCGCCCUCAAGACUAAGCACGCUACUCCGAAGUACGGUAUCAUCUACCAUGCUUCUUUGGUUGGUCAGGCCUCUGGCCCCAACAAGGGCAAGAUUGCCCGUCAGCUCGCCGCCAAGAUUGCCCUUAGUGUCCGUACGGACGCCUUUGAAGAUUUCCCCGAGAACGCCGACGACGAGACCCGCGCUGCUGUGGGUAUUCAGGCCCGGGCCAAGCUGGAGAACAACCUCCGUCUUCUUGAGGGCAAGCCGCUGAACAAGGGUGUUGCUCUUGGGCCCAAUGGUAUCCCGGUUGGCAUGCCCGCUAAGUGGGACGUCAAAGAGGCUCGCAAGUACAACAUCGAGGCUGAUGGCCUUGCUACCACAACCUCAAAGGAAUCCUCCGAGCAGCCGAAGAGGCCGCUCAUUGAGGAAGUUCCGGAGGUCGAGAUGAAGGAUGCCUCCGCUAGCGAUAAGAAAGAUAAGAAAGAGAAGAAGAAGGAGAAGAAGGAGGUCGCUUCUUCGAAGAUUACGGAGGCGGAUUAUGAACGUAUUGCCAAGGAGCUCGGAAUGUCCCUCUCCAAGUUCACCAAGAAAUUGGAAAAGGGCAAGAUCAAGAUCAAGCCCGAUGGCAGUGUUGAAGUUAAGGGCAAGGAUGGAGAAGAUGCUGAGGCUGAGACGCCGGUUAAGUCCAAGUCCUCCAAACGUAAGCAUGAGCCUGAGGAGGAGACUCCUGCCAAGGAGGAGAAGCACAAGAAGAAGAAGAAGAAGUCCAGCAAGGAGUAA